CAAGAAAGAGAUGACUCAGAUGAGAAGAGAAAAGAGAUGUUUGUAAAGCAAAGCACUUCUCAGUGAAGAAGUCAAGUCCCAACCCCAAUGUCCCCCCAUUGUUACCAACCUCUCCUUCUCCUUCUCCUUCACCUUCUUCUUCUCUUUCUCUCCGUUCUUCAUUACUAGUACUACAACAACAACAACAACAACAACACCCUUAAAUUUCCUUCUCUUUUGAUCUUUGUCUCAAGAGAAAAGAAACAACUACUACAACACUGCUUCAGCUUCACAGCAAGCAAGCUCCGGCCAUGGCCGUCCUCCGCCACCUCCGCAUCUCAGCAGCGUUUGCUUUUCUCUUCUUCAUCUUAGCUCUCGGGGGUGAUGAGUUAGUGGGAAUGAUGAGAAGGGAGAAGAUGGAGAAUGAGGAGAUGAGACAAAGAGAGAAUGAUGAAUGGGUGCUGCUUUCCCGGCGUCGGCUCUCCGGACCGGGCUCCUCGCCGCCGACGUGCCGGGAACGGUGUGGCCGGUGCUUCCCUUGCCGGCCUGUCCACGUGGCUAUUCAGCCUGGGAGGAGCAUUCCUUUGGAGUACUACCCUGAGGCUUGGAGAUGCAAAUGUGGGAAUAAGCUCUUCAUGCCAUGAAAAAUAAAAACUAUUUAAAAAAAAAGAAAAAAAAAAAAUUCAUAGCUUUGAAACCUGCAGAAAAGGUUUGAUUUUAUAUUUGAUAUCAAGAGUCUAGAGAAAAAAUAGAGAGAGAGAGGAAAUUAAGAAAGGGAAAACAGUGAUCUAGCUAACAUGUAUUGAUGUGUUUGUUGUUCAUGGGGGAAUCAAUGUAUGUAUGUAUUGAAUGAAUCAUCAAUCAAUGUGUGUAAUUAUUUGUUUUUUUUUUCUAAUUUCCCAAGGUUGGGUCUGUUAUGGAUGGUGUUGUAGUGGAGCUAUAUUUGUGGUGUCUCCUUUCAUUUGUGUUCAUGAGGUUUCUUUGAUGUGGUGAUGAGGAACAUCCAUGAUGAGUUUUUU